AUGGAGACACAUGGGGUCUACAGGCGCACGAGGAGCCACGGGCCGCUGUGCUGGGUGCCGGCAUCAGCACAUACACGCGCCCAGAGCCCAGAGGGGAUUUAUUUAACUGACAUUUACGCUCAACCGAUACCACCUGUAGCCAUUGCCAUCCGAAACAUCAGCUUCUCCCCUCGCCAGGUGACUUCUGAUGCCAGCUUCCAUUCUGUGUCUUUCUCAGAGACUGACCACCCAAAGGUGCUCAUUACAGGUGGCCUGGGGCAACUCGGGGUUGGGCUGGCCAAACUCUUGAGAAAGAGGUUUGGCAAGAAUAAUGUAAUUCUAUCAGACAUUAGGAAACCCCCAAGCAACGUCUUUCACAGUGGGCCUUUUAUCUACUCUGAUAUUCUGGACUACAAAAACUUACGUGAAAUAGUGGUAAACAACCGCAUCACGUGGCUGGUUCACUACAGCGCUUUGCUCAGUGCUGUGGGGGAGGCCAAUGUGGCUUUGGCUCGUUCCGUCAACAUCACUGGCCUGCACAACAUUUUGGAUAUUGCAGCGGAACAUGGCCUGCGCCUCUUUGUGCCUAGCACCAUAGGAGCGUUUGGACCCACCUCCCCCCGCAACCCCACCCCUGACCUGUGUGUGCAGAGACCUCGCACCAUCUAUGGAGUCUCCAAAGUGCACGCUGAGCUCAUGGGAGAGUACUACCACCACCGCUAUGGCCUGGACUUCCGUUGCCUACGUUACCCAGGGAUCAUCUCUGCCGACUCCAUGCCUGGCGGAGGCACGACAGACUAUGCCGUGCAGAUUUUCCAUGAUGCAAUCAAAUCUGGAAAAUUUGAGUGCAACCUGAGACCCGACACGCGUCUUCCUAUGAUGUACAUUGACGACUGCCUCCGUGCAACACUGGAGGUCAUGGAGGCUCCCGCCGACACGCUGAGCAUGAGGACAUACAACAUAAACGCCAUGAGCUUCACUCCAGAGGAGCUUUCUCAGGAGCUGCAGAAACAAAUGCCAGACCUGGAGGUUACGUACGACGUGGACCUCGUACGGCAAGCGAUUGCUGACAGUUGGCCAAUGGACUUUGACGACUCCAAUGCACGAAAGGACUGGAGCUGGAAGCACGACUACGACCUGCCAGAGCUGGUGCAGACCAUGCUCAAUUUCUUUGAAGCAGAACGACGUAUGUCUCAUAUCAACUGA